AUGUAUUGCUAUGUGUUAUUUAGUUGGUGGUUUGAAACUGCAUCAUGGAAAUACUUGUCGGUGGCCUUCCUGGAAGGUGUGGAGGACGAGGGCGGCUACUCCUAUGAUGCCUCGGAUGGUUGGGGCCGUAGCCCAUUACAUGAAGCAGUGGAGCUCGGGCACCUAAAAGUGGUGGAGGCAAUUUUAUCCUGGAAUGGCUCCGCACAGUUGGUGUCCGCCCCGGAUGAACUGGGCUGGACUCCACUGCAUUGGGCUGCACUCAAAGGAUCUCGGGAGAUUGCCAAGAGUUUGAUCGAGGCCAAGGCUUCGGUCAACGCCAGGGAGAAUGAAUUUCACUGCGAGCCAUUGCAGUGGGCUGCCCGCCGAGGCCACGUGGAGCUUUUACGGCUCUUGCUCUCGGCCGGCGCCAAUGCCUCCUAUCAGGACUUGGAGAACCGCACUGCUGCCGAUUGGGCCCAGCUCACAGGGCAGCAGUUGGCCUUUGGUUUCCUCCUAGGCAUCCAUCCCACGUCGUUGGAUGAGACACAGGAGGAGGCUUACAACAUGAGCCGCUUGCAUGCCGCAGUGGCCAAGAAUAACCUCACAGAGAUCCGUCGACUGCUAGAGAGCAACGAAUCUGAGAAGCUUUUGGAAGACUUGGACGCUUGGGGAAGAACGCCUCUGAUCGCUUCGCUCCAAUUUCCUUGUCGCCAUGGCUCUGCUGCAGCGGAGUUGCUUCUGGAGGUCAUCAGUAACAAUAGCGAGACCACCCCGUGGAGCACGAAAACCGGCAUGACGCGACGGUCCUUGGGUCCUGACCAGGACGGCCGUGACCCCCUUCAUUGGGCAGCGCUGGCAGGGUAUCAUGAACUGGUGCAGAUCUGCUUGAAGCUCAUCGAGAACCGCGAGCCCGACCGGUGGGGGGAUCUCCUCUUGGACACGAAGGUGGCCGAGGUCGACAGCUCCGCCGUGUUCUCUCAAGAGACGGCUCUCCACCUAGCAGCGAAGGCUGGACACCAAGAUGUGGUGACAAAGCUUUUGUUGCGUGGGGCACCGUUGGAUGCAGAAGAUCGUUUGCUCAGACGCUCAGACAUUGUGAAGAGUGGAGGACAGCCCUUGCACUACGCCAUCCUGUUGGGGCAUACGGAGAUCUCCAAUGCACUCCUCAAGGCUGGGGCUGAUGGAAUGGAGAAGGACAUGGAUGGCUUCAGCCCUUUGUCCUUCGCGUCAGCCGAGUCUGAUGAAGAUGCCAAGCUCGCUGAAGAGGCCCGGCUCGCGGCUCGUGGCACCCGAUGCGGUGGCCGUCACACGGCCGCCUGGGAUAUCCCCCGUUGCAUCCCGCGGGCCGGUAUGGAUUGGUCACUGUGGCCCUAUGCAGGCAUCCGAGCCUAUGUGGAUGGCCAGCUUUGUGGCUUCUCCGCCAGCCUGAAGCAGUCGCUCUUUGAUUUCCAGGUGCAUGAGAUCGACCCUGAUGGACAUGAACUGCACCUUCUGGAUGACGAGGGGCGACCGGAGGCUCCCAACGAGGGGAUCUGGUAUUUGCACUUCCGGCUUUACAAAGAAGGGAUGGACACCUUGGAAGCUUUGUCUCGCGUGGGAAAAGCUUUGGGGCGGCCGCCUCGGCACUUCCGCUUCGCAGGGCACAAGGACCGCUGCGCGGUGACAGUACAGCAAGUGAGUUGCAGCUCCUUGCGGCCACAAGAGCUCAGACAUGCAAUGCAGCAGGAGGAGUGGGACUCGCGCUUGCAGCUCUCCCACUUGCAGAUCAAGCGUCGACCACUGCACCUCGGCGACCUCUCAGGGAACCGCUUCCAGGUGGUCCUCCGUCACGUGGACCAGGAGGCUUCACUGGUGGAAGCACAUCUUCACAAGUUGGAGGAACAUGGAUUCCUGAACUACUUCGGGACUCAGAGGUUUGGAACUCAAGUGAUUCGCGGUUACCAUGUCGGGUCGGCUCUCCUGAGCCACGACUUUCCUCGAGCUGUCCGUCUCAUUCUCGGGGAUGUCCGCGCCCUUCCCGAGCGAUCGGAAGCGCCGGAAUGUCCGGAGCUCCGGUGGGAUGAGGCUGCGCAGGAGGCACAGCAAAGAGUCCUUGUGGCAUGGCACCGUGGACCUCAUGAAGUGGCAGAGGCUGCCAAGGAGGCCUUAGACUUGAUGCCCAGGCGUUACCACUUGGAACGAGGAGACACUGCAGAACUUGCCGCGGCAGCUGCUCAUGCUGUAUGUGAAAUCAGCGCAAAGUUUGCUGUUCAACGAGGUCCUCUCCCAGUGCUCUGCCCACCGCCCCGCCGUGGGCGACUGGGCGGUGCCAAGAGGUGCGAUGCGGGGAGGGCACGGCGCGCCCACGCAGCUCACGGAGGAGUGCGUCGCAAGAGUGGAUGGGUCCUGGGAGGUGGUCUUGCCCUUGCCUGGUUCCACCAUCCACUACCCGCCUGGGCUCCGUGGGCUCUAUGA